AUGCCACCCGGCCCAGUCGAUGGGGGACUUAUCUGCUGGCUGCAAGUGGCCGGCUCGUUUGGGUUGUGGGCAAACACCUGGGGCAUCGUGAACAGCUAUGGUGUCUUCCAAACGUACUACGAGGUGACCGAUCUCUCUGGCAAAUCACCUAGUCAAAUCUCCUGGAUCGGCAGUCUGCAGGGUUUCUUGCUGGUCUUUGUGGGUGUGCUGAGCGGACCGCUCUUCGACGCCGGAUACUCUCGCGUGUUGAACUUGGUCGGUAACUUCAUGGUGGUGUUUGGAUUUAUGAUGACGAGUCUUUGCCAUGAGUAUUGGCAAGCAAUCCUGGCUCAAGGUGUCCUCAUCGGCAUUGGUUGUGGUCUUCUCUUCAUUCCAACGACAGGCAUUCUACCGCAAUACUGGGUGAAGAAACGAGCAUUCGCAUCUUGCGUAGCUGGAGCCGGCGCCGGCGUUGGCGGCCUCAUCUUUCCAAUCGUCUUUCGAGAACUUCAGCCCAAAGUCGGCUUUGGAUGGGCGGUCCGUGUUAUCGGCUUCAUUGCCCUUUUCUUCGGUAUAGCAUCCAACGUGCUGUUGAAGAACAAGCUUCCGGCUGGCCAAUCGAGGAAGCUCAUAGACCUUGAUUUUUUCAACAACGUUCCCCUUGCAGUGUUCUGGUUUGGCCUGUUCUGGGGUUUCAUGGGCCUUUGGAUCCCGAGAAACUACAUUGGAACAUACGCUCUGGAAAGUCGAAUCGCCGGAGAAACCAUAGCAUUCUACCUGGUCGCCAUUCUGCAAGCUGGCGCCAUUGUAGGCCGUAUCGGUCCAGGUCUAUUCGCAGACAAGAUCGGUCCCCUGAACAUGCUGAUACCUAGCACACUGGUCUCCAGCGUGCUCGUUUUCUGCUGGAUCGCAAUCAAAAACGAAGCUGGCCUGAUCGUUUUUGCUGUGCUCUACGGCGCCAUGUACGGUGUGAUUCUAGGAAUGGCACCUCCAGCAGCGAUAACACUCAUGAAGGGCGAUCUGAAGCGAUAUGGAUCAUUCGUCGGGAUGGGUUCCUUCACAGCUUCUCCAGGAGUUUUGAUUGGAAACCCGAUAGCAGGAGCUAUUCUGAGAGGCAGUGGCGGUUUCGUCGGCCUCCAAGCGUUCACGGGAUCUAUUUUGCUCUUGGCGGGACUCCUUUUCAUCGCCGCUCGGAUAAUGGCCGUGGGCUUCGGACGCAAGGCGAUGUGA